UAUGCUGUUCAGGUUCGCGGUGGUGGUGUCUCUGGGCGGUGGGGCUGAGACGCUGUGUGUGUCGGGCUCCCGCCCGGAGCUCGGUCACUGGGAUCCCGGGAAGGCGGUGCCCAUGAGCCCGGCUCACAGCCCCCAGGGGUCAGCCCCAGGGUCAGCCCAGCUGUGGGUCGCCGACAUCUCACUGCAGCACAACGUCAGCGAGAGAUUCUGGUUCAAAUUUGCCAAGAACAUCAAUGGGCAGAUCAUCUGGGAAGGAAAUGGUCCUUUGCAUGACCGCUGCUGUGAAUUUACCGACAGUAACGUGGUGGAUGGGGUUUACUGUCACCCCGUCGGGCACUAUAUAGAGGAGAGUGGUUUCACCAACGAGAUGAAACACACCACUGACUUCUACUUUCACAUUGCAGACAACCAAUCCAUUCACUACUCCAGGAUCCUGUCGAGCCUGUGGCUGGGAAGCUGCCCGCGACAGCUAGAACAUGUGACGGUGAAGCUGAAGCAGGAGCUGGGAGUCACUGCGGUGAUGAAUUUCCAGACGGAUUGGGAUAUUAUCCACAAUUCAUGGGGUUGUAACCAGAAACCUGAACCCAUGAAACCUGAAUUCCUGCAGGAACUCUACAAAGAGGCUGGUUUGGCCUAUGUGUGGAUUCCCACCCCAGACAUGAGCACACAAGGCCGAGUGCAGAUGUUACCGCAGGCUGUGUACUUACUGCACGGGCUGCUGGCGAAUGGGCACAGUGUGUAUGUUCACUGCAAUGCUGGAGUGGGGAGAUCCACAGCCACAGUUUGCGGGUUCCUGAUGUACAUCUUUGGGUGGAGCCUGAGGAAAACCCAAUAUUUUGUGAUCUCCAAACGGCCGGCAGUUUACAUAGACGAGGAGGCUCUGCUUCUCGCUCAGGAUGACUUUAAUCAGAAGUUUGGACCUAUUCAUCCCUCUCUGUGCUACAGUAACUAAAAUGUCGGCUUUGGGUGGAAUUAAAUACAAUUAAUUCUGAAA